AAGUUUAAGUUACUUAAACUUAGUUUUUCUCUUUUUUGUGGUUCAGGCGUGCCAUAGACAGUGACAUACAAAGAAAUACAUUAAGUCAAUUGGCUGAAAUCUUAGGUGGUGUAUAUUGUGUCACAUUAACCCAUUUAAGCGGAGUGGACUCUCCCAUCCUUCUAAAUUGGAUCAAUUUAUUUCCAAAAUUAUGGAUGUCUAGUAUAUUUAUUUCUAUAUUUAGAAUACUUCUUACAGAAAUUCAUUUAUGCAAACAGCCCAGACCCUGAUGAGACGCCGUAUCAUGUGGCGUCUCAUCUGGGUCUACGCUGUUUGCCAAGGCCUUUUUUUCCCUAUCGGUGAAACUGGAGGAGACUUAUGGUUUGCGCUCCCUCUGUCUGUCAGUCUGUCAGUCUGUUUGUAUGUCAGUCCGUCACACUUUUCUGGAUCCUGCGAUUCAUGCAACUUGAAUUAUGGAUAGAUGGCAAUAUGGAGAUUAUGCACGUCACUUCAUUUUGUUCAUACGUCAAGAAUUCUGGUUGCUAUGGCAACAUAUAAAAAAAAAUAUAAAAAUUACUAACAAUGGUGGAGUUUCACCGGUAGGGGACAAUAUUGCUUGGCAAUCUCUUGUUUCUAGAUGCUAGGCAUAAAUGGGUUAAUUGAGACAGGUGUGUAAUGUCUGGGCCAAAAAAUAUAAUGCCAGUGUUAAAUGGGUACGGCUGAUGAGUGUUGACAGGUAGUGCUUAGAUUGUACAAAACUAAUCAUGCAUUUUACAUGUAGAACUUGAAUGGAUGACUUAACCUUUUGAUUUGUAUGGCUUGUAGUUGAAUAAUUUAUGGAUUUAGUGAAUAAUUAUGUAAAAUCUAAAAAAGAAAAUAAUGAACAAUAAAUACAAUAAAAUAAUUUAUGGUUCAAUGCACAACGAUAAAUUAAAAAAUAUAUCUUGUCGCUGGUGGAGUUUAACCUACAUUGGAAUAUCCAGCUGUAAAAAGGGUUUAUUGUACCUUCGAGCAUUACCUAAUAACACUAAGAAGGCAUUUAAAUUGGGAAAGCAGCAUGUGUUUGCCACCUGCAGCAGCGUUAUUUGACAUUGGAGCUGUAUGUUAUUGAUAACAAUUUAUUGAUUUUAUAUGGACUCGUUGAACUUAUUACAUGCCAGGGUCUGAAUAACAUUUAUUACCCACAGGGACGUUGUUAAUAUUAUCUCAAUUUCAUUGAUGUCUCUGAAAUGAAGGUUUAAUGGAAAAAGCAUAAUAACGAGUCUAUUUACAUAUUCCUCUUGAGUAUAUUCAUGGUGCCUAUACCACGUGACUUUUUCAGAUCUGUGUUGGGAGAAUAAAGCGCGACCCAGUUAACAUUUUUUAAGGAUCUCUUGUUAUGCCCCCUUUCGAAGAAAAGGGGGCAUAUAGUGAUCGGACUGUCCGUCUGUCUGUCUGUCCGUCUGUCCGUCUUUCUGCCACAUUUUGCGUUGAGGUUUUGAAAAAUGCUCAUAACUUAAAUGUCCCUUUAAAUCUAACCUUCAUAUUUGGUAUGCAUGUUUAUAUGGACAAGGCCUUGCCAUACGCACACAAAUUUUGACCCCUGUGACCUUGACCUUAAACUUAGGGUCUGUGUUCAGGUUUCGAAAUCUGCGUUUCGGUUUCGAAAAAUGCUAUAACUUCUAUCAAAGCAUUUAUAGGGGGCAUAUGUCAUCCUUUGGUUACAGCUCUUGUUAAAUAUUUAAUCAUUUUUAAUGGGAGUUUUCUAGAGGUAUCAUGAUCUUUUUAAACAAAUAAGAUUCUUUUCAAUAAAGUGCAACGGCGUGUUUGAACGGUUAGAAAAAUGUCGGAUCAGUACGUGCACUUCAUAUUACAAACGCGUGGCUUCAUUUUACUGAAAAAAUACUUAUUUGUUUAAAAAGAUCAUGAUACUCAGAUAUGAGCAGGCUCUCCGUCCGUCGGUCUUCCCGUCCUUCUGUCCGUCCGUCUUUCCGUCCGUCUGGAGCAAUACCUUGGAAGUGCUUUGGCUAAUUUCAUUGAAACUUGGAAGUGCUUUUGCGGAUUUCAUUGAAACUUGGUAUGAGUAUAUAUAUGGAUAAGAGGAUGAUGCACGCCAAAUGGCAUUGUAUACCAUCUGUUAAUAACAAAGUUAUGACCCUUUGUAUCUUUAAAAAAUUCUUUUUUUGUGUGUGUCCGGAGCCAUAUCUUGAAAGUGCUUUGGCCAAUUUCAUUGAAACUUGGUAUGAGUAUAUAUAUGGAUAAUAGGAUGAUGCAUGCCAAAUGGCAUUGUACACCAUCUGUUAAUAACGGAGUUACACCAUCUGUUUAUAACGGAGUUACGGUCCUUUGUAUCUUGAAAAAAUGCUUUUUUGAGUCAAAUAUAACACUUUUGUGUCCAAAAGCAUAUUGGCGGGGGAUAUCAAUUCAACGAAUUUGCUUGUUUUAACUCCACCAUGCCAUAACUUACAAAGUUUCUCACGUUUUUAAUUGGGUUGUGAAUUUUAUGUUUCUGUACAUUUUUUAAUUAAUUAAUCUUCGCUGAAUCGCACUACAUUGUCUUUUUAAAAUAAUGCGAUAUAUGCUGAAAAAACAUUGAAAACCUUAUCACCCUGUAAAAUUAUCCAUGAAAUUUCAAAGCCUGAGCACCACCUCGGAAGUUACAUUGGCUCAUUUAUUAAUGAAUCUCAAAAAAGAGGUGGGGCCCGUGAUUAACAGCCGUGUAUCUCUGCAUAUUAUUGUGUGUAUUUCAAAUUUAUAAUUAGACUAAAAAAAGGGACGAAUUUUGAAUUAUAGCUGCAAUUGUCAUCUAUUUCUACUUGUUUCUGAAAUAUUUUCAUUCAAUUUUGGUGUGGUCUUUUGUUGUGGGAGAAAGCGAGAGUAUCCAAGGAAACCCCACCUGCGCAUUAUGGUGGCUACCAACCAAAAUCCCAUGGUUCAGGGAACAGGGAUUGAAUUACAUGGCUGUAAUGAAACAUUGCAAACACUUACUCAGAUCAUUUGUUCAUAUGGUAUCAUGGCUACACUCAGCUUUGAGUCUCAGGUGAGGUACCCAUGGCCUUUGACCCGAUUGUUAGUCUUUUGUUGUUGUUUUUUAAAAAUUGUAGCGUGCAAAUUUUGAAGACUAUAAGUGGUUUCUAUUAUACAUAAUGAAUAUUUAUCAAACUAGCAAUUUCCUCAGACAAAGCAUCUCAAGGUAAAGUAUUUCAGGAAUGACAAAGACAAUUGUAUUAAUUGUUAAUUUCUCAUGUAUUUGAUACAUUAGUCUGUUAAUGCAUUAUUUAUUAUUAAACAGUACAUUCAUUAAAACUAGUUUUGAGUCUUACUUUGCAUUCCAGUCAUCUGCAGUUAAAAAUACUCUUUGAUUAUACCCAUGGUAUCAAGUUCACUUAAACCGACUAUUCUCGUUGCUUUAUUGAUUGAACACAACCUUGAGUUAAAAUAUUUCCUGUUGUACGCUCAAAUAAGCCAACCGUAAACUCUCGUGACAGAUAACAUAGUUACCUUGUUUACUGAAGUAUAGCUUUCAAACAAACUGGAGUUGUAUUUGUGUUGGAUGGUGGCAGUGUAAGGUGUUACUUGUGAACUGAUGUCCGACAAUUGCUAGAUUGGUGUGAUUUUAUCAACUCUUUAAUUUAGCCUACCAAUAUUAAGACAUACCAAAAUAUUGAAUGAAAAUCAAAGAGAUUUUAAGAGAUCUUAAGCUGUGAAUUUUGUAAAACUCUCACUAAAAUGGCAACCUUUUCACAAUCCAUUAUGGAGAAGGGAUCUGACAUGGUCGAAGAGGAUCCAAACAAGGUAUUCACCUUGCAGGGGAAGUCUGUAAAAAAUGUGAAAAUAUCAAGUGAUUCAUUUGAAAGCAAUAUCAUAGCCAUCUUAGUUCUCCAUGAUGGACAUGUCCUGGUUGCAGACCACAUUAAUAAGAAAAUCAAGCUUCUUGACCAGCGUUACCAGGUUGUGAGUCACUGUGGUGUGAGUGCCUGGCAAUGGGACUUGUGUCUGAUCACUGCCAGUGAGGUGGCUGUGACUGUGAGUGAUACUCUUACAAACACACAUGAGGUCCAGUUUCUCACAGUCAACAACAGUCUGAUGGUGACAGGAAAGAAGCUUCAGUUACCACAUGAAUGUAUUGGUAUUGCCUUUCACCAGGGAGACCUGUACAUUACUGCUAAUACUGCACUGUAUAAGUACACACUGAAUGGGAAACUUGUAAGCAAGAUAUAUGAGGAUAAAGCACACCCUUAUACAGUAUGGAAGUGUGCUGUGAGUCCCACAGGAGACAAGUUGUACAUCACUAACAACUCCCAGCAUAAGCUCCUCACCCUGGCCAGGGAUGGGUCAGUCCUAGCAACCUUCACUGACCCAGCACUACAAGCCCCACGUGGUGUACACGUGACACCUGCAGGCCAGGUGCUGGUCUGUGGAGGCCAGUCGGAAGCUAUCCUACAAGUGGACGGUGAGGGCAGAAAGAAGCUUACAACUCUUGCUACACAGGCGGAUGGAGUGGUGGAACCACAGUCAGUCUGCUACAACAGACACACUGCCUCAAUCAUUGUGGGACUUGAUGAGAACAAUAGCAUCCUUGUGUUCAAAGUGCAAUAGAGUUACAUUGUGGUAUGAUACUUAACCAAUGUUGGUUUCUUUGCAGAUGCAUUUAUUUUGUAAACAAAUAAUGUUAUUAAUUCAAAGAAUGUUAAGAGUUUCUGUGAACAUGAAAAACUGCAUAUAGGUUAUUAUAUUGUUACAUCGAUAGCAAUUGUUUUUUAUGCCCUCGAAGGAGGGCAUAUAGUGAUCGUACUGUCUGUCUGUCCGUCUGUCUGUCCGUCUGUCUGUGUGUCUGUCUGUUUGUCACACUUUGCGAUUAGGUUUAGAAAAAUGCUCAUAACUUAUAUGCAGGGAUCAUAUUUUCCCGCAACAUCAAUCGGUCCGGAUUUAAAUGGGGAAAAAGUUUCCGAAAAUUUAUAUCCGAAAUCAUGACAAAUAAGUUAAAAUAAAAACCAUUGAUUUUGCUAUUCAUGAAGAUGGUAUAAUAAAUGUACAAGUUAAAUUCCCUUGGGAAUUAUUUUUAAACGGAACAUACGAGUUUUCUCAUUUUGUUUAUUCAUUUGCUAUUUCAUUGACAUUGGUUGUUUCGCGUGCUGUUUUAUCUGACUGUUUUUCAUCGUUGUCAAUAUUAUUAGUCUGUGUAAAUCUAUACAGAUGAUUUAAAUCGUUGUCAACUCGAUAAUAGCUUACAAACAUGCAUUGAACCAAACAAAUAUCUGUGCGUAGGUUUGUUACUGACAAUAACAAAACCAAAUAGUUAAGAAAUAAUUCAUGUACAUUAUAGUUUGUAGUCGAAUAACCCACGGCCGAUAGUUAAGAUGCGUAGGGAUUAAAUGAUUUGAAACCACGCAUCUAAACUUUCGGUCGUGGGUUAUUCAACAACAAACAAUAAAGAACACAAAUUAUUCGAUUCUAACACGAUUUUUACUGAAGAUUUAUACAAUGUAUAUUAUUUUUCUUGUGUACUUUUUAAUGUAAAGUUCCGCCCAUAAAAAUAACGUUUGGCUUUUCUGUCGAUCAGAUCCACAACUUUUAUUAAUUUAUUGCCGAAUUAUUACGCUGGUGGAAAAUGUAUCUGCAUAUUUUGUUUAAUUACAGCGCGUGCUUUCAGUGAAAAGGUCCGCCCACAAUUAUUGCAGAAUAUCCGUUUUUCUUCUUUGUUUAUACAACAGUGUCCUGUAUCAUGCAUGAAAUGCACACUUUCCACGAGGAUAACAUCGAGGGUUGUAUCUCCGAAGUAACUGUCAACGAUUUUACCCUGGACGAGUACGCCUUACGGACCGAUUGUGCUAUAAGCCAGUAAAAAUUAUCGAUUGAUAUUGACACGGGGUUAUUCACGCGUGACUAAUACACAGCCUCGCGAAUCUUCGCUGCUUGGGGCCAUACUCUGAUACUAGUCGGCUGACGUGCAAUAAUCUGGUCCUGAGCGGUUUAGAGACUGCAGCGAAUGGUUUAUCACACCUAAUCGAGAUAAGAAUGAAAUAAGGGUGUGCACUGUGUAAUCGAUUUCAUGACAUGGGAAGUUAAGCAAACAGAAUCAGACAGACUGUUUGUGAUUUUCAAUCGGUCUUUCAUGACCUCAAUCAGUCUAGGACCGAAAAAAACGACAAAAAUAUGAUCCCUGCUUAUAUGUCACUACAGAUGUAACCUUCAUAUUUGGUAAGCAUGUGUAUAUGGACAAGGCCUUUCCAUACGCUUACAAAUUUUGACCCCUUUGACCUUGACCUUGAACUUAGGGUCUGCGUUUAAGUUUUGAAAUCUGCGUUUAGGUUUUUAUGUCCCCCACUACAGUAGUGGGGGACAUAUUGUUUUUGCCCUGUCUGUUGGUCUGUUGGUCUGUUGGUUGGUUUGCACCAACUUUAACAUUUGCAAUAACUUUUGCAAUAUUGAAGAUAGCAACAUGAUAUUUGGCAUGCAUAUGUAGCUCAUGAAGCUGCACAUUUUGAGUGGUGAAAGGUCAAGGUCAAGGUCAUUCUUUAAGGUCAAAGGUCAAAUAUAUGGGUCAAAAUCGCUCAUUUAAUGUACACUUUUGCAGUAUUUCAAUAUUCAAGAUAGCAACUUGAUAUUUGGCAUGCAUGUGUAUCUCAUGGAGCUGCACAUUUUGAGUGGUGAAAGGUCAAGGUCAUCCUUCAAGGUCAGAUGUCAAAUAUAUGUGGCCAAAAUCGCUCAUUUUAUGAGUACUUUUGCAAUAUUGAAGAUAGCAACUUGAUAUUUGGCAUGCAUGUGUAUCUCAUGGAGCUGCACAUUUUGAGUGGUGAAAGGUCAAGGUCAAGGUCAUCCUUCAAGGUCAGAGGUCAAAUAUAUGUGGCCCAAAUCGCUAAUUUUAUGAAUACUUUUGCAAUAUUGAAGAUAGCAACUUGAUAUUUGGCAUGCAUGUGUAUCUCAUGGAGCUGCACAUUUUUAGUGGUGAAAGGUCAAGGUCAUCCUUCAAGGUCAAAUAUAUGGGUCAAAAUUGCUCAUGUAAUGACACUUCUGCAAUAUUGAAGCUAGCAAUUUUAUAUUUGAAAUGCAUGUGUAUCUCAUGGAGCUGCACAUUUUGAGUGGUGAAGGGUCAAGGUCAAGGUCAUCCUACAAGGUCAAACAUCAUAUAGGGGGACAUUGUGUUUCACAAACACAUCUUGUUAAAAAAUGCUCAUACCUUCUUUGUCGCUUCAGAUGUAACCUUCAUAUUUGGUAUGCAUAUGUAUAUGGACAAGGCUUUUCCAUAUGCACACAAAUUUUGACCCCUUUGACCUUGACCUUGAACUAAGGGUCCACGUUUAGGUUUCGAAAUCUGCGUUUAGGUUUCAAAAAAUGCUCAUAACUUCUAUCAAAGCGUUUUUCGGGGGCAUAUGUCAUCCUAUGGAGACAGCUCUUGUUGUAUUUCUCUUUGACUUAACAGAUUCACAUGAACUGCUUGUCAAAUUAAAAAACAAGUUUAGUCUAAAAAAGUAAUUGUUGUUAUUUGCAUUACCUCACAAUCACAUUUGUUGUAAUCAUUAUAAUUUAACUUUGUUGAAUGUUUGGUUAAUUAAGUAAGAUGUGGCAAUGUAUUAUUUUGUUUUCUGCACUGAAUUGUGCACGGUCUUUAUUGUUUAUUUAUUGUUUUCUAUAUAUGUAAACAUUCAAACACUAAAAAUUAUGCUCUCAAACCAUAAGGCCCAACAUUUUGAAAGUUAGCAUGAAACUUCACAUAGUGGUCCCUUGUUAAGUUUAUUGCAAAAAUAUGUUACUCGUUAAUUGCUGUUUAUAAUUAAUCUUGAUCACUGAUACCCUUUAAGGUACCAUUGCUUCUCUAGUUCUUAUGGUUUAUACAUAUUAAAUUUGGACUAUUUGUCAUGAUUGUGCAUCAAUGUUUGGAAAAUGUUUGUUAAAUAAUUAUUUUUGAAUUAAGCAAUAAAACUUUUUAAACAAUGUGUUACUUCUACUUUUAUUAAAUUAAUUAUUAAGAUGCGCUUAAAGAUCACCCCUGCAAUAUUUAGUUUGACUUCUCAAAGUUUCAGACUAGGUGUGAUUUGAUUCCUUUAUAAAAUCUACUGAAAUCCAGUGAAACACUUUACAUUUUUGGCGUAGCUGUCUAACCCAGGUUUUUACCUUAAUUGACCCUUAUUGCAGCCAAUAAAAUUGUGUAGAAAUUUUCCGUCAGUAGGCGCGAAGGAAUAAGUGGAAUUGUGCAUUUGUUAAAAAUACCUAAUCAAAGAAAAAUAGAAAUCGUUAUGCCUUAACUUCAUACAGUGUGAAAUUCUAAUAUGAAAAACUGCUUGGUUAUCUUUGUUGUGCAGUUAAGCGUAAAAAGUGUACGCUGCUGGGAAAUCCCUAUUAUUUUAUGAAGAUUUAUUAUCGGCUUUGUACAUUGAAAGACUUAGGUUAUAUUGAUAAAAUGUCAAUAUUGUUGCCAUUGAUGGUUUUAAUGCCAGUUCACAAUUUUAAUGCCCCCGGAUCGAAAGAUCGGGGGUAUAUUGUUUUUGACCUGUUUGUCAUUGUAUGUGUCUGUGUGUGUGUGUGUGUGUGUGUGUGUGUGUGUGUGUGUGUGUGUGUCCCAAAACUUUAACCAAAACUUUAACCUUUUUCAUAACUUUUGCAAUAUUGAACAUAGCAACUUGAUAUUGGCAUGUAUGUGUAUCUCAUGGAGCUGCACAUUUUGAGUGGUGGAAGUUCAAGGUCAUCCUUCAAGGUCAAAAGUAAAAAAAAUACAAUCCAAGGGAAGUAAUAAGCUUUAAAAGGGAGAUAAUUUCUUAACCUGCCAAAUGAUAAAUUGAAAUUUCAUUUCAAAGCGGCGCAUAAAGGGGCUUUGUGUUUCUGACAAACACAUCUCUUGUUUAUUUAGAUCUUCAAAGAAAUUUUAUAAUGGAAAAUAAUAUAUUGCAAAUUAAAAUCAAGAAUUGAAAGAAGGUGUACAUAAAGACCAUGUACCAGUCUGCCACCAAUGUUAUACACCAAAUUUUAAUCACUAUCUAGUGCACUCAAGUUCUGUGAUGGUUGAGGCAAUUGAUAAAUAGACAAACCACAUCUUCAACUUCAAGCUUGUUUUCACAAAAGAUUGUCUUAAU